AUGCCUAUUCUUCGUUGUCGUCGUUAUGUGCAGCAAAAGUGCAACGACGCGGUCAACUACUUCAUAGCGGGAGCUCCAGCGAGAGAGCAGUCAUUCUACCCCUCCCUGGCACAGCUUAGGCGCAAAGUGCAGGAGCUGUACGAGGACGUCGGGGUGCCACUUGACAUGUUCAACCGGGUGAUGGCGGAGAAUCCCGAGCGCGAGCGCAUCAUGCUGCAGAAGAUGUCGGAGCGCCGUUGCAACAUCUACGCGGUGGUUAAGCCUUACGCGCAUGGCCCUGGUGGCUAUAUCACCGAGAACAAAGUCGCGAUGCUUGCGAGCGAGAACAUUGCGCCAUCGCGUCGCCGCACGCCUGCAGAGUGGCACGCCCACUUUGGGGAUGGUUUGCCUGGUGGGGACUGUAAACGACAACUAUUCACGUGGCAAGCAGCUGUCAGACAGCGACGUGCUCACCAUCCUGUUCAUAAUCACCUCUCACCCCUCACCUGCGCAAACGCACGCUCAACUACAUGCAUGCGCGCUGUCUCACCCUCCUCUCUGUCCUCUCAUCCCCGUGCCGCCAACCACCCCCCUGCUGCUGCCCGUGCAGUUGUGAAGAGCAAGGUGGGGGCGGGCAAGCCAUUGGCGCUGGACCCACAGGGCCUGUACGUGUGCCCCGACGCAUGCGGGGUGGAGAGCACGUCACCCAACGGCAAGCCUGCCAUCGACGCCACGAUCUCCACGCUCACACAUGAGCUCACCGAAGCUGCCACUGAUCCAGAUACGAAUGCGGGGUGGUUUGACGACAACAACGAGGAGAAUGCGGACAAGUGCUCGUGUGACUACGGCAGCACCAAGCGGGGAUCGCUGCAGAACGGGCAGAGCUACGAGUACAAUCUGGUGGGGUUGAACGGGAUGAAGUUCCUCGUGCAGCUCAACUGGGACCGCGUGAGAAGCAAGUGCAUCCUGCAGAACGCCCUGCCCACUGACAGUAGCGGUGGGGGAGGCACUCCCUCUCCCCCUUCCCCUCCACCCCCACCUCCCCCCACUGGAGGCAGUGUGAAGAUGAAGUGUGAUUGCAACUGUGCGAGUGCCAGCAACCCCAUGAGCUACUAG